AUGGCCCAGCUCGAUACCCUCGAUUUGGUCGUCCUAGUGGUUGUCUUGGUGGGCAGCGUCGCCUACUUCACCAAGGGUUCCUACUGGGCCGUCCCCAAGGAUCCCUAUGCUUCGACUGGCGCCGGCCUGAACGGCGCCGCCAAGACCGGCAAGACACGCGACAUCUGUGAGAAGAUGGAGGAGACCGGCAAGAACUGUGUGAUCUUUUACGGAUCGCAAACUGGAACCGCGGAGGACUAUGCGUCGCGGUUGGCUAAGGAAGGCUCCCAGCGCUUUGGUCUCAAGACCAUGGUGGCCGACAUUGAGGACUACGACUACGAGAACUUUGACAAAUUCCCUGAGGACAAGGUGGCUUUCUUUGUGCUGGCCACCUAUGGCGAGGGUGAACCUACGGAUAAUGCGGUGGAAUUCUACCAGUUCUUCACCAACGAGGAUGUGGCCUUCGAAAGUGGCGCCUCCUCCGAUGAGUCUCCUCUGUCGUCUCUGAAGUAUGUCACGUUCGGUCUUGGUAACAACACUUAUGAACACUAUAACUCUAUGGUCCGCCAGAUUGAUGGUGCUUUGACUAAGCUGGGUGCAACUCGCAUUGGCUCCGCCGGUGAGGGUGACGAUGGCGCUGGAACUAUGGAAGAGGACUUCCUCGCCUGGAAGGAACCCAUGUGGACUGCUCUGUCCGAGACUCUGGGUCUCCAGGAGCGCGAGUCUGUCUACGAACCCGUCUUUAACGUCAUUGAGGAUGAGGACAAGUCCGCUGAGGAUGAGUCCGUGUACCUGGGAGAACCCACCGCUGCUCACCGUGAGGAUCGCGCCAAGGGCCCAUACUCUGCUCACAACCCGUUCAUUGCCCCCAUUGCCGAAUCUUACGAAUUGUUCACUGUCAAGGACCGCAACUGCCUGCACAUGGAAAUCAGCAUUGCUGGUAGCAACCUGAGCUACCAGACCGGUGACCACAUUGCGAUCUGGCCGACCAACGCUGGUGCUGAGGUGGAUCGGUUCCUCCAGGUAUUUGGUUUGGAAGACAAGCGUCACUCCGUCAUCAACGUCAAGGGUAUCGAUGUCACUGCCAAGGUUCCUAUCCCAACUCCGACUACCUACGAUGCCGCUGUUCGUUACUACAUGGAAGUUUGCGCCCCCGUCUCCCGUCAGUUUGUCUCUUCUCUCGCUGCGUUCGCUCCCGAUGAGGAGACCAAGAACGAGUUUGUCCGCCUCGGUAGUGAUAAGGAUUACUUCCACGAGAAGAUCAGCAACCAACGCUUCAACAUCGCCCAAGCUAUUCAGAGCACCACCUCCAAGAAAUUCUCUUCGGUCCCCUUCUCUCUGCUCAUCGAAGGCCUCAACAAGCUCCAACCGCGCUACUACUCUAUCUCUUCUUCGUCUCUGGUUCAAAAGGAUAAAAUCAGCAUCACUGCUGUUGUCGAGUCCGUUCGUCUACCCGGUGCUUCUCACAUGGUCAAGGGUGUUACCACCAACUACCUGCUGGCUCUCAAGGAGAAGCAGAACGGCGAAGCCAACCCUGACCCCCACGGCCUGACUUACUCGAUCACUGGACCCCGCAACAAGUACGAUGGUAUCCAUGUCCCUGUUCAUGUGCGCCACUCCAACUUCAAGCUUCCCUCCGACCCCUCCAAGCCUAUUAUCAUGGUUGGUCCCGGUACCGGUGUUGCUCCUUUCCGUGGUUUCAUUCAAGAACGUGCUGCUCUGGCUGCUCGAGGCGAAAAGGUUGGCACCACUGUCCUGUUCUUCGGAUGCCGUAAGCGCGACGAAGACUUCAUUUACCAGGAAGAAUUCAAGACCUACCAGGAACAGCUUGGUGACUCUCUGAAGAUCAUCACCGCCUUCUCUCGUGAGGGCGCCGAGAAGGUCUACGUCCAGCACCGCCUGAAGGAGAAUGCUCCCCUUGUCAGCGAGCUCCUGAAGCAAAAGGCCAACUUCUACGUGUGUGGUGACGCCGCCAACAUGGCCCGGGAGGUCAACUUGGUUCUCGGUCACAUCAUCGCCGAGCAGCGCGGCAUGCCCGCUGAGAAGGGCGAGGAGAUGGUCAAGCACAUGCGCAGUAGCGGUAGCUACCAGGAGGACGUCUGGUCAUGA